AUGAUCCAGAUGUCCAAGUGGGGGGUUCUGGCGCUAGCGACUUGGAUCGCAAGGUUCUCAUAUUUUUUCAACACUUGCCAUGCUCGCGAUCUCGCUGAUAUUGCUGCGAUCCCCGAGGAAACCGCCAACGUGAUCAUCUCGCAACGACCCUAUUCAACAAUGGAUGAUGUGCGCACCAUCAGUGCACCAGUCAAGGACGAUGCCAAGCCCAAGGGCAAGGGCAAGGGACGCAAGCCUCCCAAGCCUAUCGGAGAUAAAAUUGUUGACAAAUGCAUCGACAUGUGGAUUGGAUACCUGGCCAUUGACACUCUGGUGGCGGAAUGCGAGGCGCUUGGCCGGCCUGUCGGCAUGGAAAUGAAGAAAUGGGGCAUCGACCUCUUCGGGAAGCGUGAGGGCGAGCUGGAACUCACAUCGAUCGAUCCCACUAAGUCGCACGAUUCUGGGAUCGCCACGCCUUCUUCGAACCGAUUCUCUGUGGACUCCGACGACAAUGAUCAGCUGGUCCCGGCGGCGCGCAAAUCUCGUCUCAUCUCACAGCCAUCCAUCAUGGCAGAUGAUCUGGAGAUGAAAGACUAUCAAAUUGUAGGAAUCAACUGGUUGGCACUCCUGUUCGAGAAGGAACUGCGUUGCAUCCUGGCGGACGACAUGGGUCUCGGCAAGACUUGCCAAGUCAUCGCAUUCCUUGCACAUCUGUUUGAAAUCGGAAAAUUCUGCCCGAAGCUUUCAGUCAUGCCAUACUACGCUGGUCUGAACGAGCGCGCCGAAAUCCACGAGCAGAUUAAAGAUAACCGCGACAGCAUUAACGUCGUGAUUACUACUUACACGAUUGCCAAGGCCAAGACCGACGCGAAGUUUCUAAGAGACAUGAACUUUUGCCAUAAGGAAGAGUUGAAUGCCGUGUUCGCGAACAAAGCAAAGACGACGGAUGAGUCGCAUACGACCCUGCUAUCGGCGCAGCGUAUCGAGCGUGGCAAGUCCAUGCUAAAGCCAUUUGUUCUGCGACGUAAGAAGCACCGGGUGAUCGAUAUUUCGGCCAAGCACUGCCACGUUCAAUACUGCGAGAUGAAGCCAUCGCAGCGAGGUAUCUAUGAGCACGAAAAGGAACAAGUGCGGCAGCUUCUGGAGGACCGUGCGGCCGGCAAGAAGACCGGAUCAAAGUCAUCCAACAUUCUUAUGAACCUCCGACAAGCAGCGUUUCACCCACUCCUCGCGCAUCGACACUACGACGACACUACCUUGUGCAAGAUGGCCAACGCUUGUCUGAAAGAAGACAAGUGGCCCCUGUCGAACCCUAACAUUAUCUUCGAGGAGCUGCUGCCGUACAAUGACUUCGAAUGCCACUAUAUGUGCCUUGACAACCCGGGAUCGCUCGGCAAGUUCAAGCUGAAGAACGAGGAGUGGAUGGACUCGGGCAAAGUGGACCAACUGCGGGCCUUGCUCACGCGAUUUAUCGCAAACGAGGACCUCACGCUGAUCUUCUCGCAGUUCACGAUGGUGAUGGAUAUCCUCGAGAACGUGCUAGAGACGCUGCAGAUCGAUUUCGUGCGUCUGGAUGGUCGCACCAGCGUCGAAGACCGCCAGUCCAUCCUCGACGCCUUCUACGAGCGAGAGGAUAUCCCCGUCUUCCUGCUCUCGACCAAGGCCGGCGGCGCUAGCAUCAAUCUCGCCUGCGCUAAUAAGGUUGUCAUUUUCGACUCCUCCUUCAACCCCCAGGAGGAUGUCCAGGCCGAGAACCGGGCCCACCGCGUCAGUCAAACCCGCAACAUUGAGAUCUUCCGCUUCGUCACCUAUGACACCAUCGAGGAGCAGAUUUAUGCCCUCAGACAGACGAAGCUGGCUCUGGUUCAGGCGGUUGCGAGUGACGACGCGGGCGGUGCCAAGAACGAGGAGGCCGGCAUGGAGGUCGUCGAGAGGAUGGUGCGUGCCGACCUAGAGAAGGAUUCGGGCACUGACAAGGCUUGA